CCCUGACCUCUGUCUGGACAGUGCUGAUUGGCCCUGUGCUGAUCACAUGCACUCUCCAAGAAAAAAAAAGCUCUCUAGCAAUACACACCAAACUGAGCAUGUGCAGAGUGACUCCACACGAUAUGUCUUAUCAGGAGAUAAGAGGGGCCCUGGAAGAAGGGGAGGAUCAGAGAAGCCAUGAUCAAACAGUCUUUUUAUACAAUGCAGAAGAUUAACCCCUUAGGCUCCACAGUGAGUAUAACAAUAUUAAAAAACAGCAAAAACUUUAUAUUUAUCCUAGUGGGUUUAGUAACACUU